AGAUGUUAUCCGUGAUAGGUUGAGAGAGAAAAAAAAAACAUACAUAUGCAAGACAAUGGUGCACAGAGGCUAGUGGGGGGAGAUAAAGGAGUGUUUGUGCGGCGCUGGGCGGUUUGGUGGCUAACGAGACCCGCAGUCUGAGCUCGCCCGGCAUGCGGAGGCGCGCGGGGGCCGUCUGCACGAGCCGCACGGCGGGUGUUUGAUGGAAGGAGGGACGCGCGAGGCUGUGAGGUUGUGAGGCUGUGAGGCUGUGAGGCUGUGAGGCUGGGGGCAUCAGCUGAGGAGGGGACGUUAGCUAGCUAGCUUUCACCAGUGGAUACAAGUGUUUUGCGUUUUGACCCGAUCGCGCAACAUCCCGUCGAGUCGGUAAACAUGGCCACGAAUGGUAACAGUGUGACGCCCGGGAUGGGAGAGAUCAUCCAGCUGAACGUCGGAGGGACAAGGUUCAGCACCUCCAGACAGACUCUGAUGUGGAUCCCAGACUCUUUCUUCUCCAGCUUGCUGAGCGGUAGGAUAUCAACUCUUCGGGAUGAAACUGGAGCGAUAUUUAUCGACAGGGACCCUACAGCGUUCGCACCCAUCUUGAAUUUCCUCCGAACCAAAGAAUUGGACUUGCGUGGUGUGAACAUCAGCAUCCUGAGACAUGAGGCCGAGUUCUACGGAAUAACACCUCUAGUGCGACGCCUGCUGCUGUGUGAGGAACUGGACCGCUCAUCAUGUGGCAGUGUUCUCUUCCACGGCUACCUCCCGCCCCCAGCUGUCCCAGCCCGUAAGUCCAGCUCCGCCUCUGCAGCCUCUGGCUCCACUGAGGAUCGGCCUGGUCCAAGUGGAGCAGAGGGGGGGUUCAGCCGAACUGGCCCCCCCGCUCACCCCUCCCUCCCCGGCCCAUCUGGGACAGAGGACACCCACAGACUGGGUCCUGUGGUUGACCCUAGGAAGGUGCUGAUUAUAGCAGGACACCACAACUGGAUUGUAGCAGCUUAUGCUCACUUUGUCAUCUGCUACAGGAUAAAGGAGUCUUCUGGAUGGCAGCAGGUGUUUUCCUCGCCCUACCUUGACUGGACCAUCGAACGCAUCGCGCUCAAUGCCAAGGUGGUGGGCGGCCCGCAUGGAGACAAGGACAAGAUGGUGGCUGCCGCCUCUGAGAGCAGCAUCAUCCUCUGGAGCAUCCAAGAUGGAGGCAGCGGCAAUGAGAUCGGCGUGUUCAGUCUGGGAGUGCCAGUCGAUGAUCUCUUCUUCAUUGGAAACCAGCUGGUGGCUACGAGCCAUACUGGCAAGGUCGGGGUCUGGAAUGCGGUCACACAGCACUGGCAGGUUCAAGAUGUGGUUCCCAUCACCAGCUGUGACACAGCAGGAUCCUUCCUACUGCUAGGCUGCAACAAUGGCUCUAUCUAUUAUAUAGACAUGCAGAAGUUUCCACUGAGGAUGAAGGACAAUGAUCUGCUGGUGACGGAGCUUUAUCACGACCCUUCAAAUGACGCUAUCACCGCACUGUCUGUCUACCUCACGCCUAAAACCAGUGUGAGUGGGAACUGGAUAGAGAUCGCCUACGGGACCAGCAGCGGUGCGGUGAGGGUGAUCGUUCAACACCCAGAGACGGUGGGAUCAGGGCCCCAGCUCUUCCAGACGUUCACAGUCCACAGGAGCCCCGUGACCAAGAUCAUGUUGUCUGAGAAACAUCUAGUGUCAGUUUGUGCGGACAACAACCACGUCCGGACAUGGACAGUGACCCGGUUCAGAGGGAUGAUCUCCACCCAGCCAGGCUCCACCCCUCUGGCCUCCUUCAAAAUCCUGUCUCUGGAGGAGACGGAGAGCCACGGCAGCUACUGCUCUGGGAACGAUAUCGGUCCAUUUGGAGAGAGAGACGAUCAGCAGGUUUUCAUCCAGAAGGUCAUCCCCAUCACCAACAAGCUGUUUGUCAGACUGUCCUCUACUGGAAAGAGGAUCUGCGAGGUGCAGUCAGUGGAUGGGACCACCAUCUCUUGCUUCAUGGUCCGGGAGUGUGAGGGUUCCAGCCGGAUGGGCUCACGACCCCGGCGCUACCUGUUCACUGGCCAUGGGAACGGCAGCAUCCAGAUGUGGGACCUGACCACUGCCAUGGACACGGCUAACAAAGGAGAGGAGAGGAAGAAAGAGGAUGUAGGUGGGCCGACAGAAGAGGAGCUGCUGCAGCUGUUGGACCAGUGUGACCUGAGCACCUCCCGCUGUGCCACACCAAACAUUAGCCCCGCCCCCUCUGUGCUGCACCACACACGCCUCCGAGAGUCCUGCUCCAGCCUGCAGUUACAGGCCCAGGAGCCCAUUCCUGAGAGCCCGCCUACGUAUGGAGCUCUGCGGCCGUACAGAGAGAGCCCCCUGCUGGCCCGCGCACGACGGACUGAGUCCUUCCACAGCUACAGAGAUUUCCAGAACUUCAGCCUGAGCCGAGGUGCACUGGAGAGUCCCGGUCAGACGCCUUCCCAGGUGCCUGGCCCCAACCACGACGCCCGGCGCUCGCUCUGUGACUUUGGGCCUGAGGACAGUGAGAGGAGGGCCUCAGUGAUGGAGCUCUGGGCCAGCCGAACCUCCGGUGCUGGUUCUAACGCCAAUUCGGCAUCUAGUGUUUCCGGGGCAACGGCAGAAGGCAUUCCAGAAUCGCCACGGCAACCUCCCGACAGCCCGGUGGUCGGAGGUGACGUCAGACGAAAGGUGUAUCCACAGCCUGAGGAGGGAGAGGGGGCGGGGUUUGGGGGAGAAGGGUUGAAGGCAGAUGGAGGUGCGAGGAAGAAGGGAGUGCUAGAAGGAGGCUUGUUUCUGGGGAGAAAGAGGGCUCCGCCCGUCCCACACCUCUCCUCCCUCUCCUCGUCUGCGGGAUCUGAGGGAGGCGGCAGCGACUCCUCUGCCACGGCCUCGCCCUCUCCCACAAAACUGGCCUCCUCCACCUCCCCACGACACAGGAAGCUGGCCCCCGAGCCAACCAAUCAGGACAGCAGCCUGUGAGGGCAGGCAGCGUAACACGUACACUCCUCCUUCCUGGAUGUGUGGGUGAAGUUGCCUUGGAGUGCAGACUAGGACAGCACUGACACCAGAUCAAUCUAUGGCAGUGGCAUAACUGAGGCUCUACAGAGUAUUUACAGAAUAUCUGCUCCGCUGUGGGGGCAGAGAAUAUAUCCACUCGUCAACUGACUGAUACUUACCAGCGUCACACAUACACUGUAGAUGGUUGGGUUGUACAGCAGCAUGCAGACCUGCUCAGUGGACACCCAUCUCCUCAGUGAAGUAGGAAUACAUUAUGUGCAUCACUUGGCAUCCACUGGAAAAACAAAAGUCACAUCCUUUACAUCUUUCAAGUUUCUAAUUUGAAAGAGAAACGCGAGGCCACAAACGACCUUCAGUGCUCUACUAUGUUCUUUACUCCAAAUGUUUCAACACUGUGGUAUUUGGUACUUCAUCAGAUGCCUGAUUGAGCAUUGACAACAGUUUGCAACGCUGUUUUUCUCUUACAUUACUCAACAUCCCCAGUGGGAUCAAGCCUAAUUCUCACGAGGGACGACUGCAGAUCGCCACAGAGGAGCAGUGUGACAUCAGCUGGAGGCAGAGAUCCUUCAACUGCGACUGCACCGCUUGUCGCCAUGCCACCCUAACCCUAACCCAGCAUUACGUCAUCUGUGCUCACAUAACAACAAGAGAUUUAACAGGUUUUAAUGUGUAUGUGACUAAUUUACUCAAAUUUGCAUCCGAAUCAGAAGAAAAGGUUGAGCCCCCGCCCUGGUCAGUAGAAUUGGAAGAUGAAUAUUAUAUUUUGGACGGCAAAGUCCAGCGUGAAGAGGUAGCAUCCUGACCCUUACAGGCCACCAUCUCAUGCUAAACAUGAGCGUGACCUCUUAUUUUCAGGAUUUGGAGCUUUUGAUACAACUUGUCUACUUUAGUAACAGAAUCUGGUAUUCCCAGUGUGUCCUCGUGAGAAUUUCAUGUUUUUAUUUUUAACGCUCAUUUAAAAGCUGCUUGGUGCAACUGGAGCUCUAAUUGCCUCAGAUUUCCUUGAGUGUUUGCUUUGGCUUGUCUAGACACAGGCAAUGAAGUUUGCACUUUUGGAAGAGUGUGAUUGAUUGAAAUUUGCCAACUGAGCUAGUCGUGGAGAACUAUUGAAAAAGGUUUCUGAUCGCAUGUAUUGAUCUUAUUCUGUUUACAUCUUCAGGGACAUGACCACAACCUUUGAUAACAAGUCAUUUCAGGGGUGCCACGGUGCUGCCCUUUCUCUAAAAGGAGGAAGUGUCCCACCAGAAAUAUGCUCAUACACAGUUCAUGAAUUCAUCACGGGGAGAUUCCUAAAUUUCUAAAAAUGUAAAUAUAGCACAGAACUACCAGUGCAGUGCUUUUAAAUCUCAUGGUAGGAGCGUGAUGGUGAGACACCUGAACAGCUGCAAAAGUGGAAGAUGAACCAAAGCACAUCUCAUUCUUUAUCAGAUAUUUAAGGCUUUUUCAAAUACGUUUUUCACAGUCUGGUGGGAAUGCCAUUUUGUUCAGAACCUGAUCUGGUGACAUCCGCUAAUUAUUGCGAUGUCAAACAGUUUGUUUAGAUUUUUCAAAACGCUCAGGCCUCUUGCGAAGCCUUGGCUCUGUUUUUCUAAUUUGUGCUGGUAUCAAGAGACACAAGCCGGAGCAGCUCCACUGACAAACGUGAAAAUGUGCAUUUAUGUUGUAAAGUGGAACUUAACAACAUCUUACCUUAAAUAGGUUUCCACGACUGCAACCUUGGCAGCUACUUAAAUGAUAUUUCUGCUGUGUAUUCCUAAAUGACUGCAGUCAGAGACAGUGGUCAUAGUUACCUCCACCAACAGAGAUGAACUGUUGUGUUGACUGACGCUGAAAGCAGAUAGUCGGCAUGCAGUGAAACCUUUCUGCAGCUCCACCGGGCAGUAAAACCUCUGGUUCAGUUGCUUGACCGCUCAGUGACAACUAUGCAACAAUGGAGUUAAGAUGCACAACAGAUAUCGUAGUAAAAACACUCUGUGUGGCCUCCAGAGUUUUUAAAUCCUCAACAUUGGUAUCCAUGGAUGAUGUUUUCCACUGCAGCUUGAAACAAUUCUACUUCAUGGUUUUCAGGCCAAUUUCUACUAUUUACCUAGUCUGACACCUUAGGUAGUGUACUAACCCACCCGACUGUCCACAAUGAAGGUACAAAACUGCAGCUGCUGUGUGCAGCUUGUGUAGUCUUGUGCAUUCCAACUUGUAAAUGUGAAUUUGAAAAUACAGGCUUAGUGGCACAGCCAAGGACCUGCAGUUUUAGGGGGAAAGAUGUGUGUUAAUGGAGACUGAUCCACAUGUCAUAAUAUUCACACUAACACUGAUAGUAGCUCACCUUUGGCUGCAUUUAUCCAGGAACAGAUUAUUAUUAUUUUUUUUAAACUUUGUGGUGUAGAUGUGAUCCUUUCAUGGAAGUCAAAAUCCACAGAAAUAAUUUGGUACAUUUUUCCUGUUUCCUGUUUAAAUUCAGUCUGUGUUUGUCUCCUGUUUCACUGUGGUGCCUCUGUGGUGUUCAGCAUGAUCUCACACUAAGUUUCCACACGAUGACUACACUCACCUCACUACUAGCACCUACACUACAUCACUUUACCCGUUUUUCCUUUUCAAGCAGAGUUUUGACGCGUGCGUUGGUGAGAUGACUGUUGCAGUGCCUUAUUUAUCUAGUCUGACGGUUAUCGACCUGCCUGUGUUUUAUCUGUGCUGUGUUUUAGUUGAAAAGGACUCUGACCAAAGGCUUGUGAAGAUGGAGCUCACUGUAGAACCAGAUGAUGGACACUGUCCAGCCUGGCUAGAGGUGUCUUAUGAUAGAUUUACAAUAGGUCACUAGGUCAUAUUUGACGAGACAGAUCUUGUCUGUGGUGUAUUUUGUUUUGACAGGAUGCAGGAUGAAAAUUUUAGGAAGAAAAAAAAAAAACAGGUUGAAAGGGUAAGAUGUUUUCAUUUAUCAGCGAUCAUCUGGAGUGAUAGGCCUUAGAGAUUAAAUUAUCACGAUGAUAUCUUUUUGUGAAUUAAUAAUAAUAUUGCAAUAGCAGGAUUUGCUUUGACUGGAACGAGAAAGUCCCACUCUCGCUCCAACACGUUGGAAACCCUUUCAGUGCUGAGGGAGCCUUGUUCUGUCCAGGCAGCGGUGGACACAAACCUCGGCUGCGGUGCAUGCGAUGGUAAAAUGAGAGUGUGUGAGCUGCAGUGGAGUGUAGGAGAAGCGAACAAAGGCACCUUGGUGGUUAUGUAGCUGUGAAGGCCUCUAAAGGACAGGACAGCCGGAAAUACAAUGACAGCAAAUCGUUGUGUGAUUUGAACCUACUGCUUACUACUUCCUCACUGCUUGAAGCUGUCACACUCCACCAGUGGUUUGUUUGGAGUUGGGAUCAGACAGUGAUUAGAAAAAUGAUCCAGGCCAACGCUCGGCUCACCUUGUUGUCCUCCACGGGCAUUUUGAGCUCUGGGGGCAUUACAAGCUGAAGCUGUUGGUGUGGCAGGAACACAAGUGAGAUGGGGAGGCUGUCCUGUCCUGUUAAUUAGAAUUUAGCGAGUACAGCGCCUGCUUUGAAAGUGGAUUUCAGCACAGUCUAUCAUUUCAGCAUAAAACGCAUAACGAAGUGGUCAGUUGACUGUAAAAAAAAUGUAAAUCUUGUUAUGCAAACUGACUAUAUGGAAAGUAGACGUACAUAAUCAAAACAAUAUCCUAAUAUUGUUGUGUGUGUGUGUGUGACGCUCUGUUGAUAGUUACGCUGUUGUCCAUUACAUAUUGUUGAUAAUCCUAUAUGGCCUAUGCUGAUAUUAUCAUGCUAUUGGACCUAACUGCAUUUGCAUUUGCACUAUUAAGACUAAAAUUAUGAAGUAACUUGCUAGUGUUUAUUUUCUAUAAGACAUUAUGAAGUGUAACGUGCAUCUCACGGCAGUUGACUCGACUGUCCGUCUGUCCAUCCUGUCAUCUGUCUGUCCUUACAUGUUGUCCCGCAGUUCCUCUCUGGCUAUGUUUACAUUAUAUUCCAGCCAGAUGUUAGUGAACUGAGAGGAAUACAGAUGUGUAUUUAUAUUGCUCUGUACAAUGUUUUUAAAAAUAAUAACGUAUGUUAGCAAUUAUGUUGUAAUGGUAUGUAUUGUUGCUUACUGAUACAUAUUAUCAAAUACAAAACCUUUGUCACCAUUGAACCAUCAUCAUGCUUUCAGAGUCGAUGUUAACUGAAUUUAAGCUGUUGAAACAAAAAGCAUUCUCAUUUCAUUUUGCCAUAUUGACGUUGCAAAUAUGCAGAAAUGAAUGCAAAUAUACAGCUUCAAAGUUUUCUAAAGAAGCCUCAAAAUAGUAAUGAGUUAUUCUAAAGGUCUGGACAAGUGAUACACCCCUCACCCUUCAUUUUUUUGCUUGCCAUUUUUUUCCCCGCACUGCAUAGAAGCACCAUUCACUGCUUAGGACUGUUGACUUUGGUUCACUUUUUGGGAAAAGUUGGUCAACCACAGAAAAGAGUUACAUGAUUUUAAAUGUUUUGGCUCUGAGACAAGUAGAACAGUGUUUAUUAUCAGAAUAACAAGAGUGAUGCUUGAUGUUUAGUGAUCUUAUAGCAGGUUUACACUCGACCAGCUGUUUACUGUAGCUGUAGACCUGGUGAGAAUAAACUAAAAAAAAAAAAAGGCAGUCAUUGUUUUUUAGUACAUGGGUUGUAUGUAUAACUUGCCAAAGCAGAUGAUUUUUGUUUUCUUCAGGAGUCACCGCAGAGUGUGUGUGUGUGUGUGUGUGUGUGUGUGUGUGUGUGUGUGUGUGUGUGUGUGUGUGUGUGUGAGUGAGAGAGAGAGUGUGUGUCUCCCCAGUGCUUUCAUUUCAGUAACCUUCCUGUUCAGACAGUCUCCUCUCUGAGAUGGCGUCUGUCGUCAUCAUGAUUUAUGAGUUUAAUAAAGCUGUGUGUGUGUGUGUGUGUGUGUAUAUGUGUGUGUAGCUCAGGGCCACGCUGUCCCUUAAAAUCACUCCACAAGCUCUCUUUUCACAGCCUUUCCCUCCCUCCAUGGCUGACAAUAGCUGUGAAUGUGCCUGUGAAUGUUUUAGCAGUGCCCUUGUCAGAAUGGCGUCCUUGAGCGAGGGCACGGUUGUUACUGCCAGUUUGUUAAUUUCAACCUUGCCGUGAUGUCCCCUGAAGGGACGCAGGAGCAAAACUCACUGACUGCUACUUUUGACUGAGAUACUGUCCUGCUGUGUGAGUGUGUGUGUGUGCAUGUGUGUGUGGUGACUCCUUCGUGGUACAGCUGAUUGUGCACCUUAGACAGAGACCAUGUAACUGUAUUGUAGAGACGCAAAAGGAGAAGGUCUUGAAACGACGCAGGCUUUAACUUAUUCCCAUAUCAGCCCCAGCACCAUGACCUGUCAUCUGGGUCUCUGUUGGUGAGAGAAAUCACAUGGAGCAGCUUCAUUUAAUUAAUUUGAAUUCAUCCAUUUCAUAACACACUAAUGUGCUCUUCUAACUGAAUGCUAUCCACUGUGUUAGGCAUCAUUUAAGCUGCUGCUUUAUAUCUUUUUUUUUUUUUGACAUUUUUCUUGGUUCUCAUCAAAACCAACUGCAUAUGUAUGAAGUGUUUUCUUACCAUAAACAAGUGGAUGGUGAUAUUGGAACAUACUAGCUGACUAACAUAACCUCAUUGUGUGACAAUUAAUCAUAUAUUGCUGUAUAAGUCAAGUUUUUAGUCUUUGUAACACUUACUGUCAUCAUACAUAUUUUGACCUUCAGAAGAGGUCAUACCUGGCUUAAAAUGAAGGUGGUACGUGUGUGUGUGUGAGUGUGUGUGUUAUGUUUUGAGCUGCAGCUUGUGCAUACUGACAUCUCUGUUUAUGAUGGAGUAAAACAAUAGUAGCCUGUAAAA